AUGGACGACCUCCAAAGAUCGGAAUACCCAGCAAUGCUGGCAAACUUGCAACCCGGCCAGGCCGUGCAAGUCGUUAACGAUAGGCUGAAGCGGAUUGGCAAGGUCAAUACCGAGAUCGCGGACUGGCUUCAGGAACGCCGGCGGCUCGAAGAUCAGUAUGUUGCUGGGCUCAAGAAGCUGCUGCUGUUUAAGGUGCCCAACGCCUCGUCCGACCUGGGCAUCUUCCAACCCUCCUGGGACAAAAUCCUCCACUCUACCGACGCCAUCGCCGCAUCGCACUACCUCUUCGCCCAACGAAUCGAGAAGGAUGUCGAGCAGGACCUGCGCCAGUUCCAGAAUCGCAAGGAGUUUCAGAACAUGACGACCAUGUCGGCGAACCUGUCUGCAAUCGCAAAAGAGCUAGAAGACGCCAAGGAGAAGGCCGACAAGCUGACUAGGAAAGGCGGCAAGGCCAGCGCGCUCAAGGUCGAUCAGGCCACUGCGAGACUCGAAUCGGCCACCGGACAGUGGGAGUCGCAGGCGCCCUUCAUCCUCGAGACACUGCAGGCCCUCGACGAGCAGCGAUGUAACCACCUCCGGGAUGUCCUCACUCAGCUCCAGACGCACGAGGUCGACCAGGCCGACAGGCUACGCGCCACAGCCAACGAUGCGCUCACUACAAUUCUCGAGGCGGACACGUCGAAGGAGGUAGAAAACUUCGCAACGAGGGCAACAGGCGGCCGGUUGAAGAUAGAAAGGAGGACGGGUACUGGCUCCAUAGAGAGAACGCCGACUGCGACAAGGCAGUCUUCCGUUGGCACCGUGCAACCGCCCACGACUGCAGACUCUAGUCUCGCUCCGCCGCCGACUGCCGCUUCCUUCAAUGACGACGAUCGGAGUGAUCAUUCGACACCGGGCGCCGAGAAAUCUGAAAACAAACUACGAAGCCGGAUCGGUACAAUGCUCGGUCGGCGAAGGCAGAGCGUCCAUGGUGGCUUCGGCCAACUCUCUCCGGGCAAGAAUGCUGGUCCUUUCAACCGAGCGUCCAGCAGCCAUGGUCGCCUGUCGCCACACACAUCUGCGAGUAACCUUGCCGCUUCGACCGGUAGGCUCGAUGCGUUGACAGAAGCCCCCGAUACGCCCAGGUUGCCGAAGCCUGAAGCCACCGAAGAAGCAGCAGCUACCAAUGGAACCCACGCCGAAGCCUCGGACGAGUACGCGCCGCCACGGACAGCCCCGGCCGGUCUCAAUGGGAUGACGGCCGAGGAGAUAUUCGAUGCGCCGCCGCCGCCAGGCCCACCUCCGUCGCACCUCAACAAGCAAGGUGAACCUGCCAAGGACGAGGACGGAUUCACGAUACCGCCAGCAGCGAACGAUCCCAUUUCCCAAGCGCAGAGGGAUGCGGCAGAUGAGGCAGGAGAGGAGCACGAGCAGUUAUUCAAGCUCAACAUACAGAACAGCCCGAUCGCCGAGGAGGACCCGGACGAGUCUAAAGCAGCACAAUUGAGUGUCGCGAACACUCUGAGCACGAUGCAGAUGCCUGCGCGCAGGUCAGGGACUGUCCGUGGCCGACGAGAUGUGCGAAACACGAUGUACAUGCCCUCUCCUCCCGCAUUGCCAGGCGCAGAGGCCGCUGCGUCCCUCUCGCCUGGCGAACCAACACAAAACUUGCCGCCAUCUCCCGCAUUGCAGGGCGCAGGCAGCAGCAUGAGCUCGAGACCAUCAGCUAUACACACUCUGGCAAGUGAGGCCAGCGUCACCGGGACCAGCGAUACGCAAUCGGUCCGGAGUGCGACUAGCUUGGGAGGCAUGGCACAUGGCAAGCAUCCAGAGCUGACCGCACCUGGCUUGAACUCCAGCAUCGUGGAGACGGUGUCCGCGUCCUUUGAGGGGGGUGUCUUGAAGUCAGUUCGGAUCAAUGGGGAGAUUGCGUUUGCGUACAACGGAGACGGCACAGUCUCUGAAGCCCGCGAAGCGAUCCGUAUCAAUAAUUUCCCUAGUCUGGAAUCUAUUGGCCCCAACCGAAUCUUCGUAUCCAGCACACCGUCGCCGGACGAGUUUACUCUCGACUUGUCGCAUGUACCCGCGAAGACUGCCACGCCGGGAUUCACUUACCGUGUUCACGCCGAAGAGCCCACUUCCUCCCACCUCGCGAGUCACUGUCCUCUGAUCAUCAAUCCAGCCUGGAAGCCGACGGGCGACAAACUCGGUUUAUUGCUACAGUACAAGCUCAACCCCGACUUCACGCCCAACGCUGAGAAACCCGUGGUGCUGAAAGGCUUCACCAUCAUCGCAACAUACACGAAUGCGCGCGCCAGCGGCGUCCAGAUGAAACCCGCGGGCACACAUCUCAAGGACAAGCACCUGGUGUACUGGCGGCUGGGAGACGUCACGCUCCAGCCAGGCUCGGACUGGCAGAAGAUUGUCUGCCGGAUCAUCGGAGCGGAGAACGCGGAGCCCAAGCCCGGCAACAUCGAGACCAGGUGGGAGUACAUCACCUCCGGCACCGCUUGGGAGGAGGAAGAGGACGAGGGCAGCCACAGCGGCGCCAUCUCGAUAAGCCUCAAGAGGGAGGGUAAAGGAAAGGGCAAGGCGACCGCCGAGGACGAGAAGAGCGACAGCGAGGACGACCCCUUUGCGGACGAGAGCGCCGCUGUGAGCCCAAGGCUGAAAGACUCGAACGCCAGCUGGCAACCCGUGCCGACUGUGAGGAAGAUCGUGAGCGGCAAGUACGAGGCAAAGUGA